AUGCAACCGAUGAGGAAGUCUGUACUCCAUGUGUUUCUCUUAUGCUGGCUAUUAUCUGUCAGUGAUGCACUUGAAUGUAGAACAUGUGACAAAAUCGAUCCAUCGUGCGACACACCUUCGAACGAUUACAACCAAGUAUGCGAUGACGAAAAUAGCGUAUGCUACUCAUGGUUUCAUCGCGGCGCUGAAACAAAUGUUCAACGUGGUUGUAUGUCAACGAUCUCGGCCGAAUACAAGUUAAUUCAAGAAACGAUUGGCCAUCGAAACGAGGGUUGCGUCAAACGUAUGCGCACAUUCGAUUGCUUUAAGUUUUGUUCCCGUGAUGCAUGCAAUUGA